AUGACUGAGAUAUCUAAUUUUAACAACAGCGAGGUGGAUUCACGGAACAGCGCUAUGUGGGGAGCCCCUCGAUGGCAACUCUUCUUCCAUCUGGGCAAUCCUGCCACAUACCCAGCAAAAACAAAACGUUCUUAUAAUGUUCGAGAACGUUGUGGUUUGAUACCAAAAUUUGAGUGGGACGAAAUCACACAGCAAACGAUACUCGGGGCUUUCUAUUAUGGUUAUGCUGUCAUGCCGAUACUAGGAGGUUGGUUGGCGGGAAAGAAAGGCGGAAAGCGUGUGAUGGUAUUUGUAGUACUUUGGACAAGCUUACUUACAGCCUUGAUACCGUGGGCAGCGGGAGUCAGUUCUGGACUACUGAUAAUUCUACGUAUUUUAGACGGCCUAGGGCAGGGAACAUCUCUCCCAGCAAUCUACGUUAUAUUGGGAAAAUGGAGUGUUCCCGACGAACGUACUACGAUGGUAUCCAUUUGUUUUAGUGGUACAUUUGGAUUGGUUUGGGUAAUUAUAUGGGCAACGUUUAUUUAUGAAAAACCAGAGAACGAUCCUUGGAUUUCAAAAAAGGAGAGUGAAUACCUGAAGUCUUUUGCAACUAAAGAUGAAGUAACAAGUGAGAAUAGAUUGUUUCCAUGGCGAGAUAUAAUUACAUCAUCUGCUGUUUGGGCGAUUACCAUUGGCUACUUUGCAUAUGCAUUUGCAUAUUAUGUCAUUCUUACUGAAGCACCAACUUUCAUGUAUACUGUCUUAGGUGUUGAUGUAAAACGAACUGGUUUCUUGCUGUCAAUUCCAAAUAUUGUACGCUUUCCCAUCAUGCUGCUGUCUGCAGUGUGUGCUGAUUAUAUCAUUCAUCGUAGGUGCUUAAGUGUUGCGAUUACAAGGAAGCUGUUUGUAAUUCUUAAUAUCGGCGUGUCAGGUGUCUGUUUUAUUGUUCUAGCUUACGCUGGUGACAAUAUUGUGACAUUCAUGAUUCUUGUGACAACUGCCUUUAGUGCGCUUGGGUUCAAUGUAGCAAGUGUUACACCGAACCCAAUGGACAUAUCUACAAACUAUUCAGGAAUAAUUGUAGGAAUAAUGGUAACUUUUGGUUCCUGUGCUGGAUUUAUCGGCCCAUUAAUUCUUGCUCUAAUAAUAGAGAAUAACUCAGCACUGAUGAGCUAUAUGUGUCAGAAUCGUAUAGUUUAG